AUGGUAUUAGUACGAGCUUUAUUUUUGGCCGGCGCGUUUGCGUUUAUUACCGCAAAGGAAGUUAAAGUGACAAUAUUUUACGAAUCGUUAUGCCCAUACAGCAUUGAGUAUUUGGUCAAACAAGCCAUUCCAGGUUAUAAAACACUUAGCAAUAAUAUCAAAUUGGAUCUAGUUCCAUAUGGAAACGCUAAGACUGUAAACAAAUCUGGAACCUUGGAAUUCAUUUGUCAGCAUGGUGAGGGUGAAUGCAAAGGAAACCGCUACCAUGGAUGCGUUUUGGACUUGAAUCCAAUUGACAAAGCUUCAUCUUAUAUUGCUUGUGAUUUAGCUGCUGAUGAUCCGUCAGAUGAUAAGGCAUUAAAACAAUGUGCAAAUGAGACAGACAUAUCCUGGACUGACCUUAAAAAAUGCGUGGACAGCGGAAAAGCCGAUGAAAUAAUGGCUAAAUAUGGCGAAAGAACAAACUCGGCCAGACCACCAAUUCCAGGUGUGCCAACCACUUUUUUCAACGACGUUUAUGAUGAAGAAUUAAGUGACGAUGCAUAUACUUCUUUUGUAACUGUUGUUUGUAGUUUUCUUGACAACGAGCCUGCAGCAUGUAAUAGUUUUUAGGUUGUGAAUAAAUAUUUGUUUACCUAUAUAAA